AGGGGCAGAAUAAGUCCAGUAAACUGAGGCUUUCUACAAAAGUGAGAGCUCCGGUGUGGUUUACUUGCAAUCUGGGGCUUUUAUUUUGGAAUCUGAUGCACGAGCUUCACUUUGUCCCUCAGGAAAAGGAAGCGCCUCCUUCUCAACACCAGUCUGAUCCGUUCCUGACUGGUCCUCCUCCCUCUAAAGGAUGAGAGGGAGUGGAUCACAGUGUGGAGCUGCUCCCUCUCUAGUCCAGCAGCAAUAUUAGCUCCUCUGUCACGAACUCUGAGUGACCAACAGCCUCUCGCUGCUGUUCUGUCUGAGACAUGGGAUCUAAAUGUUGGCUGACAGACCAGGUCCAGACGUGGAUCUGAAUUCUUUGUCUUUCAGUGGAAACCUUGUGGUCGUCAGGCUGUGCAGCUCUCAUCCAGCAUCAAGGAUUUGCUGCUGCGGGAGUCAAGAGUGUAGAAAGUCCUGGAGAUGGUAAAUAUUUGAACCCACAGUGAACCAGGAUGGAGCCUGUUAAGAGAGACAUGGAGCUGCUCAGUAACAGCAUGGCGACCUACGCCCACAUCAAAGCCAAUCCCGAGAGCUUUGCCCUCUACUUCAUGAUGGGCGUCUGUUUUGGUCUGCUCAUGGCCCUCUGCCUCCUGGUGGCCGGCAUCGCCUGCAGGACUCGCCGCAACACCAGACCCCCUCCAUCCCCCGAGAGGAGACAGCUGAAGGAGUCCAGCGAGGAGGAGGAGGAGGAAGAGGAGGAGGAGAGCAUGGCGGACGAAGAGGAGGCAGAGAUCCCCAAAGUGACAGUAGGGCCCAUGAGUGAUCGCAGCAGCCAGUCUAACGGUACUCUGAGGAGUGUGAAUGUGUUCGCGUCAGCUGACGAGCUGGAGAAGGCGAGACGUCUGGAGGAGAGGGAACGAAUCGUCAGGGAGAUCUGGAGAAACGGGCAGCCGGACAUCCUGGUCACAGGGACGGGGACUAUUGGACGAGUGCAUUACCACUAACAGGCGCUUUGACUGUGUCUUAAAAAAGACACCGGACGGACUGCAAAGGGCAGGACAUACACAGUGCAUUUGUAUGGAGACCCAAAGUGUUCAAUGGUAAACGGGAACUCCACCAACUUUACACAUCAGCCUGUGAAAAUGAUUGUAUAAUGUCUUCUGUGGCUCAGUUGGGAGCUUUUUAAAGUUUAUCUCAUCUCUUAGACGGGGGGCUUUAAGUUUGUAGCAGAGAGCCUGCACUACACACUGUGGGUGCAGGUUUUCAAAGACAUGGGCAUUUACCAGUCAGGGAGGGUCCAACAAAGAAAGAUUUUAAGGUGCAUUAUGGGAACUGUAGGAUCCAAAGUUUUUGGAGAUUAAACCCAUACUAAGUCCAGGUCCAGCUUCAGGCUCAGGUUUAUUGUCAUUUCCACACAUAUGCCUGACAUACACAGUGGGAAACAACAGAACGGACACACAAAAACCUCACAGUCUUAAGGGUAAGAGUGAGAGUGAGCACUCUUACAUUAGCAGAACAGUCUUCAAAGGUGCUAUAUGGAAGUAUCAGGCAUCGCUACACAGCCAACGUUACUGUCUGGAACAAACAUUGCAAGUUCUGCAUUAAACUUUAUUCCUCUCUCUUGUUUUGCAUGAUCGUAUUUGCCAGUGAUACUGAAAAUGUCAUCUGGGUGUUACAGGACUUUUCCUUUUAAUAGAGCAUUUUCUACACUUUGGUAUUCGUACAUUUACUUAAGUAAAAAAGCUUUGUACUGCUUCCACCACUGCAUUUCAUCCUGCUUCCUUUCACAGUGUCUGGGAAUCAAAACAAUCUGCUCAGUUUAUCAAAGAAAACAUAAACAAAUAAAAAUGUCUACUGUAAAUAACCAUUGCAAUUUCAUGGUAAUGCAUUGUUCACAUUUUUUAAUAAGAUUUGUUUUUUAUUCGUAAUGGCUUACUAGUUUAAUAUUUAACACUUUGGGUCUCUAUAGAUUGUGUAUUAUGUUGCUUGUGAGAAUUUGUAUGCAGUAUAUUUGGCUUCAUUUGUAUUUUACUCUACCUUUACAAUGUGAAUAAUAAAACGUUUAACCACUUUUUAAAUCGA